AUUCCCUUGCAGUUUCUCGCCUUAAAGAUCUUUUAUCAGGGCACCCUUUUGCUACAGAAAAGUGCCCUCCCCAGUUCAACAGUACUGGAAACUGUCCUUGUGGAUUUUAUGGAUGUACAUGUAAUAUCAGAGCAAGGCUAUUUCCAAAAUUGAAGCCAGUUCCAAGUUGUAAUCACCUUCUGAAGAACGUGUGGGAAUGUAUAUUUUAUUGUUAUAUUUUGUGCGGCCGGUAGAGCUGCGGCCUGGUACCGAGAUGCGUAUCGAGCAGUGUGUUAAAAGUUGGGAGUAGUCAUUAGAGGUAACUUGCAUAAAACAAACAGCUGCACAGAGGGUGGCCUGCGUUUGGAAUGAGUUUCCAGAGGAAGUAAUGGAUGCAGAUGUAGUUACAAUGUUUAAAACACAUUUGGAGAAGUACAUGAAUAGAAAAGGUUUGGAGGGAUAUGUGACAAAAACAAAGUUGCUGAAAAAACUCGGCAGGUCUGACAACAUCUGUGAGGGGGGGGAGCAGAAAUCAGAGUUGAUGUUUCAGGCCUGGUGACUCCUCCUCAGAUAUAGGCCAGGAGCAGGCAGGUGGGACUAGUUUAGUUUAGAAUUAUGUUCAGCAGAGACUGGCUGGACCUGGUCUGGUCUGUUUCUGUGCUGUUCGACUCAGUGCAGAUACUGAAAAUCCAAAACAUGCAGCAAGUGCUGGAGGAACUCUGAUUUGGCAGUAUUGAUAAAGAGAGCAACAGUAAAUAUUUCAAUUCUGACAAAGGGUCAUUGGAACCUUCUGUGGAAAGGUGACUGGACUGAACAUGUCUGACCUGCUGAGUGUCUCCAACACUGUGUUUAUUAAGCAACUUGCAUUCUACUUCCUGUAUCUUCAGGACAGUAUUAGCUAAAGUAAAUAAUGAAAGAUACAAUUGUCAUUGCCAUGGCCAUUACCCCACCCAACCUUUGGUCAUUUUGUAGACCACUGGCUGAAUUGUAGCUACAAAACCAGCUUACUGAUAUCUUAUGGCCUUUUUUUAAUCCAGUCAUUCAUGGGAUGUGGUGGCAUUGGCUAGACCAGCAUUUAUUGUCCUCUGGGCAGUUAAGAAUCAACUACUUUGCUGUGGGUCUGGAGUCACAUUGUAGGCCAGACCAGGUUAAAAAUGACAGAUUUCCUUCCCAAGAAGACAUUAGUGAAUCAGAUGGAUUUUUCCUGACAACAGCAAUGGUUUCACAGUCAUUGCUCAACUCGUUAUUCCAGAUCAUUAUUGAAUUCGAAUUCAAAUUCCACCAUCUGCCACAGUGGCAUUCAAACCCAGGUCCCAGAAUAAUAUCUGGAUAAGCAUCUAGCAAUAAUACCAUGUGGUCAUUGCCUACCCGUAUCAAAAACUUGCAUUUAUAUAAUAUUUUGAGUAUAGUUCAAAGGAAUGUGAUCAGACAAAAAAAUGACACCAACCUGCAAAUGAGGUAUUAAGGUUAAUGAAGAGGAGUACUGUGUCAAAGAACCAGGUUUAAGAAGUAUUUUGAAUUUUGAUUUCUGGAACGGCAUGCAGGACAAAGGAAAGAGCAAGACACUCUCUCAACUUUUGGGGAAGGUAGUUCGAGUUCUGGACCUAAACAGGAAAGGUACAACUAAUGGUACUGGGUGAUGAGAAUUGGAGAUGCAGAAAAAGCAAAGAAUUGAACAGUGUGGAGAUAUCCGGAUUGUAUGGUUGAAGGAGGUUACAGAAAUGGGAAGGUGAUAGAUGAUAUUUAGAGUGUGUGUUAUAGUCAUAGUCGUAUAGCAUGGAAACAGAUCGUUCUGUCCAACUCGUCCAUACUGGCUAAGGUUCCCAAACUAAACUAGUCCCACUUGCCCACCAUAUCCCUCUAAUCCUUUCCUAUUCGCGCACCUAUCCAAAUGGUUUUUAAAUGUUGUAACUGUACCUGAAUCUACCACUUCCUCAGGCAUAACAAGAUUUAGAGCUGGAUAAACACAGCCGGCCAAGCAGCAUCAGAGGAGCAAGAAGGCUGACGUUUUGGACCGAGAUCUUUCUUCCUCUGGCAGUUCAUUCCACAUAUGAACCACUCUGUGUGGGGAAAAGUUGUCCUUCAGGUCCCUUUUAAAUCAUUUUGGACGCAAUUUCAAAGUAUGCCCCCUUGUUUUGAAUGCAAACCUGCCCCUACCCCAGGGGAAAAGACUUUGCUAUUCACUCUCCCUAUGUCCCACAUGAUUUUACAGAUCUCUACAAGAUUUCCCCUGUGUAAGGAAGCUUUACAGCAGUGGAGGGCACAUGUCACAGUCACAGAUCUUGAAGACAUGCAGAAGUUACUUAACAUAAACAUCAGUGAUAACAAACACUUGGUUACUGGUUCUGUUGAAGCCAAGGUACUUAAAUGGGGUGAAAGUGUGAAAGACCUUCCAUCUGAGCCAGACUACAUUCUUGUGGCAGACUGUAUUUACUAUGAGCAGUCCCUAGAGCCUCUACUGAGGACGCUGAAGGAGCUUGCAGGGAAGAAUAGCUGCAUCAUAUGUUGCUAUGAAGAGAGGACAAUGGGAAACAACCCUGAAAUAGAGAUUUGUUUUUUUAAGCUUUUGCAGACUGACUUUGAAAUAGAAGAGAUUCCAUUGGACAGGCAUGAUGAGAAAUACAGAAGUGAAGACAUUCAUAUUUUACACAUAAGGAGGAAAGGAAUUCAUUGAGGUUUCUUAUUCUUGAAUUUUCUUUUGUUUUCAAACACCCCCCAAAAGUUCAACCACUACUAUAGCAAUAAAAGUAUAUUUUAAAAAAAACAUAGCUCGUGAAAUGACAUUUAGUAUGUGGAUAUUAACUCCUCUUCACAGAAUGUCAUUACAUUAUUACUUCUCAGUUGUCAUCAGUAUUCGCUCUAACAUUUAUCCUGGCUGUAUGCAAGCUGUAUCAUUACAGUUUCAAACAAAUCUGUAACCUGGUUAAUUUGUAUAAUGAUAUUGUAGGAGAACGGUGUUCAUUUUCUGAUUUCUGUUUGUAGUUCAUGAACAGGUUUGUUGUCAUGAGUUGUGACAUGAUCCAGCAUAUCUUAAUGUUGGAUUUAACCUCGGCCAAGUCUAAUUGUGUGAAUACUAUGGCAUGUUCUGACAGAUCCCUGGUACCCUCCUAGACCAUUGUUCUUUUGGAUUUUUCUUAUGCUUCUGUAAAAAGGGAGUUCCAAAUGUUUGUUGAGGGUUCGCCACCUCCUCCAAUUCACCAGCCCCUAACACCUCAUUUUCACCAUGGAUAUUCAGUCUCUGUACACCGCUGUCCCCCAUGAGGAGGACCUAAAAAGCUCUCCCUUUCUGCCUGUCCAACAGGCCCAACCAGUUCCUCCCCUCCAACGCUUUUUUGUUUGGCAGAAUUAGUCCUCACUCUCAAUAGUUUUUCCUCUGAUUCCUCCCACUUCCUACAAACCAAAGGGAUGGCUAAGGGCACUGGCAUCGGUCCGAGCUAUGCCUGCCACUUCGCAGGAUAUAUAGAACAGACUCUCUUCUGCAGCUACACUAGCACCAUCCCUCACCUCUUCCUCCGCUACAUUGACUGUAUCAGUGCUGCCUCAUGCUCCCACAAGUAGCUCUAAUAGUUAAUCCACUUCACCACCUUUCACCCUGACUUCAAAUUCACCUGGACCAUCUCUGACACCUCCCUCCCCUACCUGGACUUCUCCAUCUUCAUCUCCAGCAACUGACUUAGCACUGAAAUCCACUUCAAACCCACUGACUCGCACAGCUACCUCGACUACACCUCCUCUCACCCGCCCUCCUGUGAUCCCAUACUUCUAAUUUCUCUGCUGUAUCUGCUCCCAGGAUGAAGUGUUCCACUCCUGGACAUCUCAGAUGUCCUGCUACUUCAAGGACUGUAAUUUCACCUCUCCCGUGGCUCAUAAUGUACUCAACUGCAUCUCCAGCAUUUCCUGCACUUCUGCCCUCAACCCCUCCCCCCAACCAAAAAAAUGGAUAGAGUCCUCCUGGCCCUCUCAUAUCACCCCACCAAUCUCCAAAUCUAACGUGUCAUUCUCCGCCAUAUUCGUCACCUGCAUCAGAUCCUACAACCAAAAAGAUAUUUCCUUCCCCAGCCUUAACUGCUGUUCAUAGGAACUUCUCAUUCCACGAGUCCCCCUCCCCUGUCAGCUCCAUGCUCCCCACCAACCUUUCCACCACAUGGAGCACAGGAAGUGCUACACCAGCUCCUACAUCUCCCCGCUCACCUCUGUUCAAGUUCCCAAACAGUUAUUCCAAAUCCAGCAGAGGUUCACCUGUACAACUUCUAACCUGGUCUGUUGCUCUUGAUGCGUUCUCCUCUACAUUGGAGAGACCAAGCGCAGACUCAGCGACCGAUUCAUAGAGAAUCUGUGUUCUGUACACUCCAGUCAACACCACCUUCCAGUUGCCAGCCAUUCAAACAACUUCUCCCACUCCCUUGGCAACAUGUCCAUCCUGGGCCGCCUCCGCUAUCAAAAUAAGGACACACGUAACUUGGAGGAACAACACCUUAUUAUCUGCCUCAGAAGCUUACAACCCAAUGGCCUCAGCAUAGAGUUCACCAGCCUCAAACUCUCCCCGUCCUGGCCUCAUCUUAUGUCCAGCCUUCUUGACCUAACACAACCCGUCCGUCUUCCUUAUUACGUAUCUGCUCCACCCUUCCUACUGACCAAUCUCUACAGCUCCCUAUCUGCAUCCAUCUAUCACCGUCCCAACUAUCUUUCCCCCAGCCCUUUAUUUCCUCCCUCUAUUUAUUUCUGAGCUCCCUUCCCAGUCCUGAUGAAGGGUCCAGACCUGAGCAAUUGACUUUCCUGCACCUCCAGUGCAAUCUGACCUGCUGUGUUUCUCAGCUCCACACUUUAUCAAUUCAAAAUGUUAGUUGGUUUUCAACAGUGAUGUUGAUCAUGUUUGAAAACUGUUGAAUUAACUAUUUUGCAAUGUUAAUGUGUACAAUAUUUUCAACACAAGUUUGAAAAUGACCUGAUUUUGAAGUUCUUUAAUUUUGAAUUGAUUGAAUAAUUACACACCUGUACAUUGCACCUUUCCUUGCUUGAGCUGUUAGCUUUGCCUAAACUAUAGGCUAUUUUACUAUAAAGUGUUAGUUACUUAUUUUGAGUUUUGUAUAAACAUUUAAAAAAUACCUUGUUAUUAAUUACUGGCACAUUCAUAUAGGAGAAACCAAAUGUAAAGAAAACUAAUUUUCCAUGUCUGACUCUUGGUUUAAAUCUGCUUACUUGAAGUCAGUAAUUUUAAAUUUUACAGUUAUCAAAUGCGUACGUCUGUUAUUUGUCAAUAGAAACAAGGCUGUACACCAAAGGUGUCACUUCAAGAAUGCUUUCAAGCAUGAUUUGCAGGCCAUAAACAUUGACUGCAACAUGUGUUAAUAGCUGGUGAAAGAGAAAAAUGGUGACAGAUUUUGUAACUGGUCUGCAUGAUCAGAAUGGUCAUUGGCUGCAGCAGUUUGGAAACCGGUAUGUGGUGCUUGCAGCAGAGCAUGCCUCUUCGGGAUUGACAACAGGGAAGGUGCUUCCUGCCCCUGCUCCAAACCCCCAACCAGUUGGGUUGUUCAUUGCAUUUCCUUCCUUUCUCACAGAUGGAAAAAGGAUGUCACCAGCAUUUUUUCAAUAAAGUAUGAUUGAAGAACUGUA